AUGAGGAUGUGUCCUCUGUUUUCAAAAAAGAUUAUUGUAUUCCCCAAGUUCAGAAGAAAUAUCUUUAACAAUGUGAACCCGAAUUAUGACAUACCUAAUUUGAACAUAAUCCAUUUAAGCAUAUGUGAAGGUGAAGAUGAAGAAGAAGAAGAAGAAGAAGAACAACAACAACAACAAGCUAGAGCGGACAAAUCACUCACACACGAAAAAUCAGUGACUAAAGGAGUGGUAAAAAAUAAAGAACAUAUGUUUAAUGAAGAAUUUAUAUCAUAUAAUUUGAUACGGGAAAAGCAUUUAUAUGGAAUUAACUUAAAUGUCGAUAUAUUUCUUUUAGAAAAUUCUAACAUUGUGUUCUUCCUCCACAAUGUAAUUAAUAUAUAUAAUCCUGUCAUAAAAACAUUGCGCACAUUGUUUACCAAAAAUGAUUACGUUAUAACAUGUUCAUUUUUGCAAAAGGACUCACUCAUAGUUGUCUUGUAUGGUUCAUCUCGACAUUCAUACAUACAAAUAUACUGUAUGAGAAAACAGACAUUGAAGGAAGAAAUAGAAUUAGAGGAUGAUGACUUUUACGAAAAAAUUUAUGUACAGACAGAUAAUAAUUACUUUAUAAUGAUAACAAACAAAAGGGUUCUGAAGGUUCUUGAUUCAGAAAAAAAAAAAUUUAUUUUUAAUGUUUACCUACACUUGGAGUAUUGUAACAUUGCGCAGUACAAUGAUUUUUUUUUAAUUUUGAGAAAAAAGAAGUUGUAUUUGUGGAACCUGGAGCAUACAUACACGGGACUGAAAGUUAAGGAGAGGAAUCUAGAAUUUGACGAAAGUGUGCAUGUUACUUGUUUUGGAUUUUAUGAAAGAAGUAUUUUGAUUGGGACAUCUGAUGGUCGUAUCUUUCUAUUGAAGGAUCUAGUAGAGAAAAAGAUAAUAAAAGACGCAAAUGGAAAAGUUCAUUUUCACAAAAAUAUAUAUUACAUACAGUACUAUGAUGGGUAUAUAACUACGAAAGAUGGAGAAUCUUUAAAAUUGUGGAUGUGCAAAUUCAGCCCCACAGAUCUGGAAGGGGAAAAGGAGCUGACAGUAAAAUUGGAAAAGGAGCAGGUGGUUGAAAUGAGGAUAAGCAAAAUAAUAACACACGAAAGUUUCUUUUUAAUUAUAGAUAAGAAAAAUUGGAUCAUAUAUUCAUCACGAAAAAAUAAUUACGACGAUUUAAGCAUAUUUUUUUAUAGCCAUAAUAGCAAAAUAAAGAAUAUUUUUUGUUGGGAAAAUAAUAUUUUCAGUUUUAGUUACAAUGGGAAGAUUUUUAAUUACCAAUUGGAUGAUAAAAAAAUAGAAAGAAAUUAUUGCUUACAUAAAUUUCGUUACUUUAUUACUUGUGUAAAAUAUUUAUAUUGCAAAAAUGAUUUCUUUUUCUUUUGUCUUGGGUUCAAUAAUGGUGUUAUAUACAUAGUGAAGAUCAAACACCUCUUCUUGGAUGUUGUCAGUUGCUUAAAGACAAGUAACAAUUCAAUUAUUCACAUUGAGAAAAGUGUUAAUUGUGAUUAUAUAUCGGUUAUAUCAAAAGAAGAACAAUAUGUUUUUUUCUUAUACAGACAUGAUAACUUUUUUAAGCCUCUUGGAUACUUGAAGAUUAGUGAAGCUCAGCUACUCUCCACAUUCUACCUCUCUUGUACAAAAUCUUUUUAUGUAUUGGGUGAACACAAUACUCUAUUUGAAGUUCGUCAGAAGAGACUUGACAUGGAAAAGAAAAGAGUUAUUGCUAUGGAUCACGUGGAAGAUAUGCAUAUCCAUGUGGGAUUGAGAAGUGCCAAAGAUGGCGAGGUGGAACGGGGAGAAGGAAUAUCUCCCACGAUGGAAAAUUUCUCACUUGUUCCAUCAUCCACACAUACAAAUGUUAUAUCCGACAAUCCGUAUGAUAUCAGGAUCGAAUAUGAAAUUAUGCAGGUUCAGUUUGAUACAUGUGCAAGGGACGAGGAGGAUCAAAUGUUGUAUGUCGAGGGGACAAGCCACAGUGGCUGUCACAAUGUGAAGGAUUCCGUUGGGGAGAGUACUAAUGGGGAGAGUACUAAUAGGGAGAGUGACAAUAGGGAGAGUGACGUAGCUAAUGAAGAAGAGGAGUUCGAUCUGAAUAGCUCCUGCAGCGAUCUAUCAGAAGCUGGAUAUGAGAAAAUAAAUUUCUACAGAAACAAAAUAAAUCUGACGAGAGGUGUAGAAGAAGAAGAAAUGAAAAACGUUUUGGGUGAUAUUAACUCCAAAGAAAUGAUAGAGAAUUUUCAUAAUAAAAAAAAAAAAAAUUUACAGAAAUAUGUAGAGACAUUGUUUAACUCAGGGGUACUAAAUAAAUUAAAAAAAAGAAGGAGAAAAUAUCCUACAUGUUUGAGUAUAAAUCUGGAAAGAGACAAAAAAAAAGAAGAAGAAAAAGAAAAUGCAGAGGAAGAAAAAAACAAGAAAAAUAAUGAUAAAAAAGAGAAAAAAUUAAAUAGAGGAAAAAGUUUGGAAAUAAAUAUAUGUUGUAUAAUUAAAAUGAAUGAUAAUGGUUUUUUAAUAACAACUGAAGGAAUAAGAAAUAAUUGUAUUUUCUUUUUAAACCUCAAUAAGAAGAAGAGCAGGAGGAAGAACGAAUUUUUCUGCAGAACGGUUAAUGGUCACAAGACAAGUAGUAUAAAACCAACAGUUGUUUACAAAAUCGGAAGGAAAUACUUUCCUGAGAAUGUAUAUAUAACUAGCAUGACUAUAAAUCAAACGAAGCAUUUGCUCUUCUGCUUAACGAACCAUAACAACAUUUUUAUUUUUUCGACAAAAUAUUUUUUUUUGUUUUAUCUAAUUAAAAUACCGCUAUAUGAAAAGGUCAGAAACAUUUAUAUUAGUGAAAGAGAUAAGAAAAGACAAUACAUAUUUGUAAGUCUUGGAAAUACAUAUAUAAAACUAGAUUUCCACUUUUUCUUCUUGCAUUUGUUUAAUGUGUUGAAGAGAUACCACAUAAGUGUGCAACGAUGGAUUCAACGAUUUUAUCAAAGGUGCAAAAAACAGAAAAUGGAAGAAAAAUCAAUGAACAAAUUAAGCACAGAGGAAAUUCCUCUCGUAACAUACCAUGACAUGUAUACUUUUUUCAUUGAAGAAAUUCAUGAUUAUCUAGUGGAAGACUUUAUAAAAAAAAAAAAAAAAAAAAGAAGUAUCAUUCCGUUCACCUUGGACGAUAUCCGCAUGGAUGUGAAUUUCCUGCUCCGAUUUUUUCAAAACGAUUGCGAAGAUGGAGAAGUGGGAGUGGAAGACGUUGGAGUGAAAGACGUGAAAGUGCAAGAUGAAUCGCCCUUAGGGAGCAAGCAGAAAGACGAAGCUGAUAAUCGUACUGAGGGAAAGGAGAAUGGAGACCAUAAUGACAUUAUGGACAUAUGGAAAUUCAUACAAAAUAACAACAAAGGGGAAGAAGAGAAAGAAAAAAUUGAAGAACAGAAAAAAAAGAUAGAUCUCAUAAUGAAUUACGACCAAAGGAAUAUGAUAAAGAUUUUUAACAUAAAUAAAAUAAUCCAAGAUGAAGAAAUCCUGUACAGUUUACAUGAAACGAAAAAAGCAAAAGAAAAUGAAGAAAAUUUAAAAAAGGAUUUAUUACACAAAAGAAAUAUGAACAUGAAAAUUAAUAAAUUAAAAAAAAAGCACAGAAAAUUUUACAAAAAAAAAAAGUUCCUCAUUGACGUAGAUAUAUCACAAAAAAUAUAUAAAAAUUUAAAAGACAAAAUAAGGGAUUUUAAAAAAGUUUUUACAUAUAACCAAAAAGAAUAUGAUAAAAGAAUUCAACACCUUAUGAAAACAUAUUUGAGAUUUAAGCAUUCGGAGAAUUUUCUAAUAUCUAAUUCAUCUCAGCAAAAAGGGCAAGUCACCACAGGGUGCAUGAAAAUGUAUUUAAAAAAAAAGCGAUUCAAGGAAUUUGUAAAAAAAAAAAAAAAAGUAUUUUCAAAAAAAAAAAAAAUGAAAAAUGAAAAUGAACUAAUGACUCAAAUAAAUCAAUCCAUUGAACAAUUUAACGACAUAAGACAGAAAAAUCAAAAGAUAAAAACAAUAAAUAAUGACGAUAAAAUAGAAGAAAUAUGUCAUAAAAAAAAAAUAAUUAAAAUGUAUGAAAAUAUAAUUUCCCAACUUGAUCAGUUGGAUCACUCUACAACCUGUGGAGGCACAUCUUCCCAUAAGAUAUCCACUAUAAACGAAAUAAUUCAGGGAUACGAAGAAAACAAGAAGAAGUUAGUUCAUCAAAUAAAUUUCAUAAAAGAAAUGUUCAAUGAGGACUUUCAUGCACUGCAGUUGCAGAUGAAACAGAAAAUGAAGAAUCUGCAUGAUGAGAUGUUUUUUUUGGGAAAUUUCCUUGAGAUAAAAAGAACACACACUCAGUUAGACAAUGAAAAUGACUUGAAGAUCCCUAUUCCCAAAGCAAGGAACAAUAUUGUGGAAAAUGAGAAAAAAUCAGAACCGAGAGAGGGAAUAACAAGGGAUUAUAAUUAUAACCAAAUGAGUCUCCCUGAGGCUGAGGAAAAUGGAGAUACAAAAGAAACGAACAUGAUGAUCGAAACAGAAAAGGAACACUUCACCUUUUUGCAAGAACCAGGAUUGUUUAUUGUCCCAAAGAAGAAAAGAAGAAAUAUAACAAAAAUGAAAAACAUCAAUUUUGAUAGAAAAUUCUUCGAUAGAAAAUACCGAAAUUAUGAAAAGGAACAAAUUGAAGAAUACAUAAAAAAAAUAAGAAAAAAAUUUUGUAAAGAAUACAGAAUACUUCAUAUGAAAAAAAUACAAGCUAUUAGAAUUAUAAAAUACAUAACACUAAAAAUAGGUACCAUUGAUGAAAAAAAUAGUAUCUUAAUGGAAUUACAAAAAAGAGAACUGAAAUUGAGGAAGCAAAAGAAAAAUUUUGUAAAAGAAAUUAUCAAUAUGGAAAAUGAAAUAAACUUACAUAUUCACGAGAUGCAGAUGUUAGUGCAUAACUUGGAUUGUUACAAUGAACAAAAAGAAAAGAACUUCCAGAGGUUGAAGAAAAUAAUGGGGAAUGACAAUUUAUGUUAUAAGAUGAUGAUAAAAGGGUUGAAGAAUAAUCAAGACAAGGGGUCAGAUGCAAGUGAUGAUACGUGUUCUAGGGGUGGAAGAGGAAACGAACCGGAUGAAGUGGGAGAAGUGGGAGAAAUGGGAGAAGUGGGAGAAAUGGGAGAAGUGGGAGAAAUGGGAGAAGUGGGAGAAAUGGGAGAAGUGGGAGAAAUGGGAGAAGUGGACGAAGUGGGAGAAGUGGACGAAGUGGGAGAAGUGGACGAAGUGGGAGAAGUGGACGAAGUGGGAGAAGUGUACGAAGUGGGAGAAGUGAACGAAGUGGAAGAAGUGAACGAAGUGGAAGAAGAGGACAAAGCAUAUGUCAAGGGAGAGAAAAAUGAAGUGAAUGAGAAAAAUAAAGGUAGAGAACGCGGGUUGAAGGAGUGCAAAAGAAGCGGAGUGCCACACAAGAAGGAAGAAUUAGAGAUAAAAAAGGAAAUAGAAAAGAUAAAGAAGGAAAACAUUUCCAUUUUAAACGAAAUAAAAAACAUAAAGAAGAAUAUAGAAUACAAAAAGAGCGAACAGAGAAAAUUAAUGGGAAAAAAAAAAAGUGUCGAAAAAGAAGUAGAUAUGUUAAAUGAAGAAAUGAAAAUUAUAGAAGAAGACAAAAAGAAGAAUAUUUCGCAAAUCAAAUUUUACAUUUUAUUAAAAAUUUCAAAGUUAAGAAAUAUAGAUUAUUUAUAUGAUAAAAAAAAAUAUCGUCUAAAUUUGACAGCUAACUGUGCAAUUUUGAGUAAGGAGCAGUAUAGAGAUAUUAUAAAAAAAAUGGAUGAAAUUGUAAAGAAAAAAAAUGAACUGACUUAUGUAUAUACUAAUUUGAAAAAAGAAAAUAAUGAAUUGGAACAUAUGAAUAAUAAAUUAUAUAAAAAAAUGAACGAUAAAAAAAAUUCUUUAAAAAAUAAGCUAAAAAAACACGAUUUAACUUUUAACUUUAAUGAUUUAGAAAAAAAAUAUCAAGAAAAAAAAAAAAAAGGAAUUCUACAAGAAAUUAAAAUUGAAGAAAUUGAAAAUAAUAAAUAUCUUAACACUCUUAACAAUCAACUAAAUUAUAAAACUCUUCACCUCAAUGACGUACGAAGGAAAAACACACGUUUGCUUGAACAAAUUAAUGGGUAUAUACAAAUACUCAAGGAUUUAAAGAACCGAACUGUAUAG